AUGGAUAUUCAGACAGUUUUAACAAAAUCUUAUCCUGAUCAGAAACCAGGUACUUCUGGUCUUCGUAAGAAGACUGCAGUUUUUAUGAAUAAUGUUCAUUAUACAGAGAAUUUUAUUCAAUCGAUUUUGGAUGCGAUCCCAGAAAGUUCUAAGGAUGCCAUCUUAGUGGUUGGUGGAGAUGGACGUUAUUAUAAUGAUAAGAUCUUGCAGAUUAUCGCUGCAAUUUCUGCUGCCAAUGGAGUGCGUAAAUUGGUUAUUGGUCAACAUGGCCUAUUAUCUACUCCAGCAGCUUCUCAUAUUAUCAGGUCUUACCAGGAUAAGGAUGGUAAAAAAGUUACUGGUGGUAUCAUCUUGACUGCCUCUCAUAACCCAGGUGGACCGGAAAACGAUAUUGGUAUCAAAUACAACUUAUCGAAUGGUGGCCCAGCUCCAGAAUCUGUCACGAAUGCAAUUUGGGAUAUCUCCAAGAAAUUGACCCACUAUAAGAUUGUCAAGGGUUUUCCAGAAAUAAACUUGUCGGUCAAGGGUGAGAAAUCUUAUGGGUCUUUGGUGAUUGAUGUAGUGGAUACUACACAAGAAUACGUUGAUUUCUUAAAGGGAAUCUUCGACUUUGACUUGAUCAAGAAGUUUGUCGAUACACAAAGGAGUACGAAGAACUGGAAGCUGCUAUUUGAUGGUCUAAAUGGUGUCACUGGUCCAUACGGCAGAGCUAUUUUCGUCGACGAGCUGGGCUUGCCCGAGAAUGAGGUGCUCCAGAAUUGUCAUCCGAAGCCUGAUUUUGGUGGCAUUCACCCUGAUCCUAACUUGACCUAUGCCCGUACUUUGGUCGACAGAGUCGAUAAGGAGAAAAUUGAAUUUGGUGCAGCAUCGGAUGGUGAUGGUGACAGAAAUAUGAUCUAUGGUUAUGGUCCCGCAUUCGUGUCGCCAGGAGAUUCCGUGGCUAUAAUUGCUGAAUAUGCAUCCGAGAUUCCAUAUUUUGCUCAAAACGGGAUCUAUGGUUUGGCAAGAUCUUUUCCUACUUCAACAGCUAUUGAUAGAGUUGCCAAGGCAAAAGGUUUGAAUUGCUAUGUUGUCCCAACAGGUUGGAAAUUUUUCUGUGCUCUGUUCGAUGCCAAGAAAUUGUCCAUUUGUGGUGAAGAAUCCUUCGGUACAGGAUCCAACCACGUUAGAGAAAAGGAUGGUGUUUGGGCCGUUAUCGCAUGGCUGAACAUUUUGGCCAUAUAUAACAAGCAUAACCCUGAGAAAGAAGCGUCUAUAAAAACCAUACAGGAAGAGUUCUGGUUAAAGUAUGGUCGUACUUUCUUUACUCGUUACGAUUUCGAACACGUAACUUCCGAGGAUGCAAACAGGUUGGUAUCUGAGCUGGAGAGAUUUAUCAACUCCAAUGACGUUAUUGGAUCAUCGCUUUCUCCUGAAAGCCCUGUUAAAGUUACGGAAGCAGGAGAUUUUGAGUACACUGAUCUCGACGGCUCAGUCUCCGAACAUCAAGGCAUGUAUGUUACUCUGUCAAAUGGUGCAAAAUUCGUUGUGAGACUAUCUGGGACAGGGUCCUCAGGUGCUACGAUUAGGUUGUACAUUGAACAAUAUUGCGAUGACAAAUUGAAGUACUCGCAAUCUUCAGAAGAGUAUUUGAGGCCAAUAAUAAAAUCUGUUGUUGAUUUCCUAGAUUUUGAAAGGAUAAUCGGUACUACAGAGCCUACUGUGAAGACUUGA